AUGGGCCUCGUAUCCGCUUCGACGCAGAUCCGAAUAAUCUCGGCCUUGCAUCUGGCCAUAGCUUACCACUUGAUCUUCCAACCGAAGCUGCUGGACCAGCAAGGUGUCGUCGUCCUUCUCGGCCAGGCGAUGGGAAUCGACGAAGUGGUGUCAUUCUCGUCAGCUGCCGUCCGGCCCGUGUCAUCAUUUCUCGGUCUCCUAUUCGGCUUCAUCGGCUGUAGUGAUCUCAUAGCCGCUAGCAUCGACGGUAUCCCCUUCUACAUCCACUGGGGCGGCCAAGGUAUGUUUUAUCUCUCAAACAGCAUCCCGUACUCUUCUGGUAUCACCCUCUAA